AUGGACACUAACCGCCCGGGCGCGUUCGUGCUGAGCAGCGCGCCGCUGGCCGCGCUGCACAAUAUGGCCGAGAUGAAGACGUCUCUGUUCCCGUACGCGCUGCAGGGCCCGGCCGGCUUCAAGGCGCCCGCGCUGGGCGGCCUUGGCGCGCAGCUGCCGCUCGGCACCCCGCACGGCAUCAGCGACAUCCUGGGGCGGCCCGUGGGCGCGGCGGGCGGCGGUCUCCUGGGCGGCCUGCCCCGACUCAACGGGCUCGCCUCGUCCGCCGGCGUCUACUUCGGGCCCGCGGCCGCCGUGGCGCGCGGCUAUCCCAAGCCACUGGCCGAGCUGCCCGGCCGCCCGCCCAUCUUCUGGCCCGGCGUGGUGCAGGGCUCGCCCUGGAGGGACCCGCGCCUGGCCGGCCCGGCCCAGGCCGGCGGGGUCCUGGACAAGGACGGCAAGAAGAAACACUCGCGGCCGACCUUCUCGGGCCAGCAGAUCUUCGCGCUGGAGAAGACCUUCGAGCAAACCAAGUACCUGGCGGGGCCGGAGCGGGCGCGCCUCGCCUACUCCCUGGGCAUGACCGAGAGCCAAGUCAAGGUGUGGUUCCAGAACCGCCGGACCAAGUGGCGCAAGCGGCACGCGGCGGAGAUGGCGUCGGCCAAGAAGAAGCAGGACUCGGACGCCGAGAAGCUGAAGGUGGGCGGCUCGGACGCGGAGGACGACGACGAGUACAACCGGCCCCUGGACCCCAACUCGGACGACGAGAAGAUCACGCGGCUGCUCAAGAAGCACAAACCCUCGAACUUGGCGCUGGUCAGCCCGUGCGGCGGCGGCGCGGGGGACGCCUCAGCCCGCGCCUUCGGCCAGAGGGUCACCUGGGUCCGGCGCGGCGGGCUGGGCGGCCGCGGGCGCGAUGGCCCCUCCCCGCGGCCCGGGCGGUGGCGCAGGGACGAGGACGCAGCGGCGGCCGCGCGGGCAGAGUCGGACGGCGGGGACCGAGCGGGGCGCCGGCAGGUGCGACGCGCGGCAGCAGCCCCGGACAGCCGCUCCGAGCGCUGCGGCGCCGGCUAG